AUGGCAGAAGCCUCCUCCAAUGUCACAAUAUCCCUUCUUCCAGUAUCCCUUUCCUUAGUACAUAUUCCUCGCUCUCGUCUACCCCAGUUAUCACAUCCUGUCUUGAGGCAGAUCUUGCAACCUAACCCCACCUUCCUCAAUGUCACCUGCAAUGAGAUCGAACUUAGUCUUUUCGCAGAAUCACACAUGCUAGCAGAUUUUGAACCGGUCGCAAGACGUGACAGGCAGAGACAGCGAUCUCGCUCUGGCUCAGGAACAAGCUCAAAACGUACCAUGACUGAAUCACCUCAAGACCACCUCGAGAUCUCCUACGAAAAGUGGAAUGUCCUCCAAAUUGAUUCCCAUUCUGAUCAACUCGAUAGCUCCGGAGCCCGUGUGCAUGAACUGUCUGCACCAUUAGCUGCAGCUGGUAUUUCUAUUCUGUACCAGUCCACUUAUUUGAGCGACUUUAUAUUUGUAAAGGAGUCAAGACUCCAGGAGGUCAUGUCUUUGCUGGGAUCCACGGGAUUCGACCUCUAUUCUUCCGACCCGGAACUACUUACUUCCAGAGUAGUCUCCCCAAUGCUUUCCCCAAUAUCCCCCGAUGACUCCUUUAUCACCGAUAUAGCUCAAGAUAUCACGGCCGAGUCGGGUGCGAUUCUGACUCGGACGAGAAACAGUCUUGACACUGUAUCCGCUGCUGCCAUUAACUUGCAGCACUUGAAUCUCACCAUGUGCCCUGAUGAUUCACCAGCAGGCAGCCCCACUCAUCGUAAACCUCCAUCACGUCACAAAUCGCACUCCCCGACCUCGGGAGAAGUGCGCUUAUUGUCUCCAAAGCUCGCUUGUGUUGGCCUCUCUGAUGACAAUGUUGACACAUGGGGACUUAAAAUCGUAAAGCUAGUGGCAUUCCCCGAGUUGAUCCCCGUUAAGGAACACCCCUCACGAUCACGCAAGCUACAGUCUCGCAACGCAUCCGACGGAGUUCCGCGAUCGUCGUCAGGUCAAGAAGAACCUUCAGACUCAUCAGACGAAUUUUCUUCCUUGAGCGACGACGAAGAAGGGUACUUUUCUCACUCACCUCUUGGUAACCUGUCGUCCACUUCAUUACUGUCUUCCGUCGCUUCCCGGUCAUUCCCGGAUAUAUCAAUGGCUGCCCCUCGUCAAACGUCACCUCUCAAACCUUCCGUGAAACAUAUUGUUGCCCCACUUGCUCCGCUUUCCCCUCUUGAAUCAAAAUCAGCACCACAUCGCAAACCUACCUUCCAUCAUUUGGAUGCAUCAGUUACGAUCAAGAAGCCUGCUGAUGAAGCAAUACGUGGCGCAGUUCCAUUUUUCAGCUUCACCCGAACGCAAGAAGGCACCUCAUUAACAACUGAUGUCUCCCUUCUAGCCGCCCUAUUUCCUCCGAAUGAACGGCACAUGAUGAUUUGUGCUGGCGAACUUGAUGCUCUUGAUGCCCAGAGUUCGAGCACAGAUUCAGACUCCGAGGAAGACGAGGACACGCUUUCAUCAGGUGGUACCCUUAAGUGCUUGCAGAUAGAUCUGCGCCGUUUUGGGCUUGAUAAACAUGGCUUAGUGAACCGCUUUUCUAGAGUACUUGAACAAAAUGGCAUCAACCACAUGUAUAGCUCGACUUAUAAGACGGCUAAUCUACUGGUUUCUAAAGCGCAUGCCAAUCGUGCCCGAGCAUUGUUGAAGGGCUGCUGA